CCGAGUUCCAGCAGUCCGCGAGCUGCCGUCGGCUCCGCGCGGGGGGGGCGGGCCGGGCCGGGCACCGCGGGGCGCGGAGCAGCGCUCUUUGCUUCUUUCCUCUCCCCCCACUCCGCACUCCAGGGCACCCUUUAGCCAGUCCAAGCCGCUUCCCUCUCCCUCCUUUCUCGCCCCCCCAGCAAACUUUCGGUCCCUCCCCGCCCCUCGCCCCGUUAUUCGUCGUGGCUCAAGCCCGGCCGCGCCGCCCCGAGGGCUCCUCCCGACUUCCCUGCCUGCGGCUCCGACCAUUUCGGGAUCCAGAAACAUGUCGACCACACUUCUGUCCGCCUUCUACGAUAUCGACUUCUUGUGCAAGACGGAGAAAUCCCUGGCCAACCUCAAUCUGAACAACAUGCUGGACAAGAAGGCGGUGGGGACGCCCGUGGCCGCCGCCCCCAACUCGGGCUUUGCGCCGGGCUUCCUCAGACGGCACUCAGCCAGCAACCUGCACGCGCUCGCCCACCCCGCGCCCAACCCUGGCAGCUGCUCGCCCAAGUUCCCCGGCGCCGCUAACGGCAACAGCUGUGGCAGUGUGGCGACUGGCGGCCCAGCCACUUACGGCACCCUCAAGGAGCCGUCGGGGGGCGGCGGCACAGCCCUACUCAACAAGGAGAACAAAUUCCGGGACCGCUCGUUCAGCGAGAAUGGCGAGCGCAGCCAGCACCUUCUGCACCUGCAGCAGCAGCAGCAGCAGAAGGGGGGCGGCGGCUCCCAGAUCAACUCCACGCGCUACAAGACCGAGCUGUGCCGGCCCUUCGAGGAAAGCGGCACGUGCAAGUAUGGCGAGAAAUGCCAGUUCGCGCACGGCUUCCACGAGCUGCGCAGCCUGACGCGCCAUCCGAAGUACAAGACAGAGUUGUGCCGCACCUUCCACACUAUCGGCUUCUGCCCCUACGGACCGCGCUGCCACUUCAUCCACAAUGCGGAUGAACGGCGGCCCGCGCCGUCGGGGGGCGCCUCUGGGGACCUGCGCACUUUCAGCACGCGCGACGCGCUGCACCUGGGCUUCCCGCGGGAGCCCCGGCCCAAGCUGCACCACAGCCUCAGCUUUUCGGGCUUCCCCUCCGGCCACAACCAGCCCCCGGGGGGCCUGGAGUCGCCACUGUUGCUUGACAGCCCCACGUCGCGCACGCCGCCACCGCCCUCUUGCUCCUCGGCCUCCUCCUGUUCCUCCUCAGCCUCCUCCUGCUCCUCGGCCUCUGCCGCCUCCACGCCCUCGGGAGCCCCGACGUGCUGCGCCUCCGCCGCGGCGGCAGCCGCAGCGGCCGCUCUGCUCUAUGGCACAGGUGGAGCCGAGGACCUGCUGGCACCCGGCGCCCCUUGCGCGGCUUGUGCGUCGGCCUCGUGCGCUAACAACGCCUUCGCCUUCGGCCCGGAGCUGAGCAGCCUCAUCACACCGCUCGCAAUCCAGACCCACAACUUCGCCGCCGUGGCCGCCGCCGCCUACUACCGCACCCAGCAGCAGCAGCAGGGCCUGGCGCCCCCAGCGCAGCCCCCGGCGCCGCCCAGCGCGCCCCUCCCCGCUGGUGCCGCCGCGCCGCCCUCACCGCCCUUCAGCUUCCAGCUGCCUCGCCGCCUGUCCGAGUCGCCCGUGUUCGACGCGCCUCCCAGCCCCCCGGACUCUCUGUCGGACCGCGACAGUUACCUGAGCGGCUCCCUGAGCUCGGGCAGCCUCAGCGGCUCCGAGUCCCCAAGCCUGGACCCCGGCCGCCGCCUGCCCAUCUUCAGCCGCCUCUCCAUCUCCGACGACUGAGGCAAGAGGGCGCCAGUGAGGAGGAAGGAAGGGAAGGCCGUUCGGGGUGCUGGAGGGGUGCUGGAGGACGCCCUUUGCCAUCUCGCCCCUGCUGGGGAGCACGGGGGUGGGGGAUAACUUAGGCCCUUGGCAAACUGAAGACCCAAGCACUUGGACUCUGUGCUGAGAGGGGCCCCCACCCCUCCUUUUUCGGUUUCCUCUUGUUUUGUUUUUUUUUUUAAUUUUUAUUACUACGAAGUUUCAUUCUUGUCGAGCAAAAAAGAAAGCCAACGAACUUUUUGUGUUGAUGAACAAAAUAUUCACAACAGGGCAGUUGUGAUGCGAAUAGAACAAAAUACCAAACACUUAAAACUUUUUUAGGUCUCAGAUGAGUUUGGGACUUCAGGAAAAAAUCAACCCAGCACCAGCAGCUACCGACCACCAUUCCAACUCUUCACUUGAAAAGCAUUAGUUACAGUCCAGAUGUGGGAACUCGUAUCUUGAAAGAAGUUCCUAAGUGUCGUUUGACCAGCUAAAACCAGCCAACCACCUUGCUAAACCUAUAAGCUUUUAGAAUCCAUUAUUUCUGCCAAGAAUAUGCCUUGAUAGUAGUCCUCAGCCCCAUAGGGUUGGUUUUUUGUUUGUUUUUUUUAUUUUUUAACAAAGUUAUAUAUGUCUGGGGGGAGGGAGGAACCCUUGCAUUCCAAAGUUUCAUACUGGUUACUGGUUUCAUUGCCACCACUUUGUGGAUGUUUAGUUUAAAACCAUUUGUCUGCUCUCUGGAAUCCUUGAGCAGAGCUUAGUUUGUAAUUGUUGGGGAAUAACUGCUGAAUUUUUAGCUGUUUUGAGUUGAUUCGCACCACUGCACCACAACUCAAUAUGAAAACUAUUUAACUUAUUUAUUAUCUUGUGAAAAGUAUACAUUGAAAAUUGUUCAUACUGUAUUUAUCAAGUAUGAUGAAAAGCAAUAGAUAUAUAUUCUUUUAUUAUGUUAAAUUAUGAUUGCCAUUAUUAAUCGGCAAAAUGUGGAGUGUAUGUUCUUUUCACAGUAAUAUAUGCCUUUUGUAACUUCACUUGGUUAUUUUAUUGUAAAUGAGUAAAAAAUUCUUAAUUUAAGAGAUUGUAUGUAAUAUUUAUUUCAUUAAUUUCUUUCCUUGUUUACGUAAAUUUUGAAAGAUUGCAUGGUUUCUUUACAGAAAUCUAUCUUGAUGCUGUGGAAGUAGUUUGAGGAACAUCCUAUGAGUUUUCUUAGAAUGUAUAAUGGUUGUAGCCCAUCCAACUUUAAAGGAAAAAAUGACCACAUACUUUACAAUCAGGCUUAAAUGUGGCAUACUUUUCUAAUUCCAACUUUAUAAACUAGCAAAAAAUGUUUGCUUAUUCCACCAGUUCUACUGUGACAUACUCUUGAGUAUACAGACAUGUAGCAAUAAUGGGGGGGGAUUAGUCUCACAGUGCCUUUGGAAGGGCCCGAACUUGCCUUAAAUCUUCCUCAACCAAAUAAGUAUUUUGUUUAUUAGUGCUUGAGAGAAUUUGAAUGUAGGAUGGGUUCAACUGCACAAAAGGAAAAGAUUUUUACCACUUUUUUUAUAUAGAUAAAGUGAAGAGGCCACCUCUUAGCGCUGAAAUGGUAUGUAGUAAGUACAUGAAUAUGCCUUGUUUAAUUACAGAAAAUUCCCAAACUUGUACUAUUUUUUUUUUCCCAUGUAGAAAGGCAGGAACGUUUCCCAAGCUUUCCUGGACAGCGGAUGAAUGACCAGUAGCUUUAGUUUGUUUGUACGUAGGUACAGUUGGAGCACUAUGUAUGUACUCUCUGGACUACUUUGACAGAGUAGGUUUUUUGAAUGUAAUAAGAUAAGUCAACUUGAGUUGUAAUAUAUUUUGGGGAAUCAGUUCACUACAAAUUGUGACUGUAAACAUUGUACUGUAAAUGUUUUGUAGUUUUCCCCCAAUAAAAUUUUUGGGAAAAAAAA